GCGGCCAAGGUGUGUGCGAUCGUUUGGCGGCUGCUCUGGAGAUUGCACCGCCUUCUCCCUUCCCAUCUCCCGCCGGCCGAGGACAGAAACCCCGGAGCGCUCCCGAACGCCGAAGAAGCGCCCAAAUCCCGGGGCUCCCGCGCGCUCUGCGGUGGGAAACCAGCCGCCGGAGCGAUCCCGCCCGCCCUUUGCAAGCGGGCUUUGCCCGGGACUCCAACUUUUCCGCGCGUCCUGCAGUCACCGGUCAUGAGCGGAGGAUUAGUUAUGCUUAUGGAAUAAAAGAAGCAAUUAUUGAUGAGCAGAAUAGUGGACCGGAAGAUAGGCAGACUGGAACGGAUCAGCUGCCGGGGGAACCCCUGGACGAACUGGAAGCAUGGAGGAGGGGAUUAAUGGAAAGAUGAACCAGGCCCAUGUCCUCUUUGACCGAUUUGUCCAGGCUUCGACCUGCAAAGGGACUCUGAAAGCCUUUCAAGAGCUCUGUGAUUAUUUGGAGCUGAAGCCCAAGGAUUACCGCACUUUCUACCACAAGCUGAAAUCCAAGCUGAGUUAUUGGAAAGCUAAAGCUCUUUGGGCCAAGUUGGAUAAGAGGGGCGGCCACAAAGACUAUAAGAAGGGGAAAGUGUGCGCCAACACGAAGUGUCUCAUUAUUGGGGCUGGACCCUGUGGCCUUCGGACAGCCAUUGAUCUCUCCUUUUUAGGAGCAAAGGUGGUGGUGAUAGAAAAACGUGAUGCCUUCUCCCGCAACAAUGUCCUGCAUCUGUGGCCAUUCACUAUUCAUGACUUGAGAGGUCUUGGCGCCAAAAAGUUCUAUGGCAAAUUUUGUGCAGGAGCCAUCGACCAUAUCAGUAUUCGUCAGCUUCAGCUGAUACUCUUGAAGGUCUCCUUAAUUCUCGGUGUGGAGAUCCAUGUCAAUGUAGAAUUUCAGGGUCUUCUCUGUCCUCCUGAGGACCAGGAGAAUGAAAGGAUAGGUUGGCGUGCACAAGUCUAUCCAAAAACACAUCCUGUAUCAGAGUACGAGUUUGAUGUGAUAAUUGGAGGGGAUGGAAGGCGAAAUACUUUGGAAGGGUUUCGGCGAAAAGAGUUUCGUGGGAAGUUGGCAAUCGCCAUUACGGCAAACUUUAUCAACCGGAAUACCACAGCUGAGGCCAAGGUUGAAGAGAUCAGUGGCGUGGCUUUCAUUUUCAACCAGAAGUUUUUCCAAGAUCUUCGAGAAGCAACUGGCAUUGAUCUAGAGAACAUUGUCUACUACAAAGAUGAUACCCACUAUUUUGUCAUGACUGCCAAAAAACAGAGCUUGCUGGACAAAGGAGUCAUAUUACAUGAUUAUGCAGACACAGAACUGUUACUGUCACGAGAGAAUGUGGACCAGGAGGCUCUGCUCAGCUACGCCAGGGAAGCUGCUGACUUCUCAACUAAUCAGCAGCUGCCAUCGCUGAACUUUGCCAUCAACCACUAUGGACAGCCCGAUGUUGCAAUGUUUGACUUCACGUGCAUGUAUGCCUCAGAGAACGCAGCCAUGGUUCGGGAAUUGAAUGGCCACCCGUUGCUUGUGGCAUUGGUCGGGGACAGUUUGUUAGAGCCAUUUUGGCCAAUGGGAACUGGAAUAGCCAGAGGCUUUCUUGCUGCCAUGGACUCUGCCUGGAUGGUACGAAGCUGGUCCUUGGGAACUGGUCCUAUGGAAGUCCUAGCAGAAAGAGAGAGCAUCUAUAGAUUGUUGCCUCAAACUACGCCAGAAAAUGUCAGCAAGAACUUCAGCCAAUACAGCAUUGAUCCUGUCACUCGAUACCCCAACAUCAAUAUCAAUUUCCUAAGGCCAAGCCAGGUACGUCAUUUGUAUGAUACAGGAGACUUGAAGGAUAUUCAUCUGGAGAUAGAAAAUUUGGUGAAUUCUAGGACACCAAAGUUAUCACGGAAUGAGUCUGUGGCCCGUUCUAGCAAACUUCUAGGCUGGUGUCAGAGGCAAACAGAUGGAUAUGCUUGUGUGAACAUAACAGAUCUUACAAUGUCAUGGAAGAGUGGUCUAGCACUGUGUGCUAUUAUUCAUCGAUUUCGUCCAGACUUAAUAGAUUUUGAUUCUCUAGAUGAAUACAAUGUUGAGAAGAAUAAUCAGCUAGCAUUUGACAUUGCUGAAAAAGAGCUUGGAAUAUCUCCCAUCAUGACUGGCAGAGAUAUGGCAUCAGUUAGUGAACCAGACAAGCUGUCCAUGGUCAUGUAUCUCACCCAAUUUUAUGAGAUGUUCAAGGACUCUCUUCCUUCCAGUGAUAAUCUGGAACUGAAUGCAGAAGAAAAAGCUGCUUUAAUUACUAACACCAAAUCGCCAAUUUCCUUCCUAAGCAAGUUGGGACAGACCAUUUCACGGAAACGGACACCAAAGGAUAAAAAGGAGAAAGAUCUGGAUGGAUCAGGAAAGAGGAGGAAAACCAGCCAGUCAGAGGAUGAAGACUCUUCCAGAAGCUGUCGUGAAGACAGGCCCACCCUUGUAAGUGCCCUGACUGAGAGAAGAAUUGAUGCUGCUAUCGGGAACCAGAAUAAAGUGAAGUCUAUGGCAACACAGCUGCUAGCCAAGUUUGAGGAGAACGCCCCUGUACAGUCCACAGGCCUCCGGAGACAGCCUUAUCAAGACAGUGCUCUCAGCCAUCCUGCCUAUCGACAGCGAGAGCAGAGCCGCCAUGCCCCAAUACCUCAGUGGAAACAGAUGAGGAAAAAGGAGCGUUGUCGGACCUGUCCCAAAAAAGUGAUCAUGCUCUCUUCUUCCUCCAUUUGUACUUCCUCUCCAUCGUACCCCAGUCAGCAGGCCACCAGAGAUCCUCAGACAGAUCCACCUGGAGAACAGAGUCCCAGGCAUCAAUGGAGGACUCAUCAUUUCUUUUCAGAUGACCAUAUGGCCGAGCAUACCCUCACCAUUGAAGAGAGGGCAAGCCAGCUGGCUGCUCUUCUGGAGCAGAGGCCAACAACCAGGCACCAGCCAGAGACUGAGCGAGCUCGUCGAUCGGUUGUCGAGCAGUGGGAGCUCUCCCGUAGCCUCCGCUCUUCCAGCCGCCCCGCUUCUCCCUCAUCAGAUUCCCUCAGACAGAAGUAUAUAAAGAUGUAUACAGGAGGCGUGAGCUCAUUGGCUGAGCAGAUAGCCAAUCAGCUUCAAAGGAAAGACCAGCCUAAAACCCUGCUAGACAAAAAGGAACUGGGUUCAUUAAAAAAAGAGUUCCCCCCCAAUGUUGGAGGCAGUGAUGUCUGUUACUUCUGCCACAAGCGGGUUUAUGUGAUGGAGAGGCUCAGCGCCGAAGGCAAAUUCUUCCACCGCAGCUGCUUUAAAUGUGAAUACUGCGCCACCACUCUGCGCUUGUCCUCCUAUGCCUACGAUUUGGUAGACGGAAAAUUCUACUGCAAACCUCACUACUGUUACAGACUUUCAGGUUAUGCCCAGAGGAAGAGACCAGCAGUGGGUCCAUUAUCAGGGAAGGAAAACAAAGGGACUGUACAGGACAACAUGGCGGCUGAUGGUUCAGGGCGUGCCAAUUCCAUCUCAGCCUCAUCAGAGAAGACCCCAGCUUCCAACAUAAAUGGCGUAGAGGAACCCAGUCUUGCUAAGAGACUGCGUGGUACACCAGAACGGAUUGAAUUGGAGAACUAUCGGCUCUCGGUACAACGGGAAGAAGACUUGGAAGAAGUGCCAGAGGAGACAUUGGCAGAGCACAACCUCAGCAGCGUGCUAGACAAAGGAACGGAAGAGGAUGUACCCAGCAGUAGUUCAGAAUCGGAGAUAGAGGAGGAGGAAGAGGAGGAGGAGGAGGAGGAGGAGGCAGCAGAGCAGCCUAAGCAACCGACCUCCGAUCUUGGUGGCGUGCCGUGGAAAGAGGCUGUGCGAAUACAUGCCAUGCUGAAAGGGAAGAGUGAGGAGGAGCUGGAAAUUGAGAAAAACCAUGAUAAUGAAGAACAGGAGGAGGUGGAAGAAGAGGAGGAGGAGCCAGAAGAAGAAGAAGAGGAGGAGGAAGAGGAGGAAGAAAUCUCUAGCGAAGAGGGAGAGUAUUACCCUUGGGAGCGAGAACUUCAGCAAGGCCUCUGGCUUCAACGACUAUCAAAUGAAGAGGACAUGGGUACUUUUAAAGCUGGAAACCUGAGGCUGCAGCAGAUAGUAAAUCCAAUUGAUCCCCUGGAAAUCUUGGCUGAUGUGCAUUGGACACACAUCCGUCAGAAGGAGGAGGAGGAAAAAGUGGGCCUCACUUCUAAGUCCUCCACCUCAAGAGCAUCUGACCUUCCCUCCAUCCGCCACGAGGCAGUACAGGCAUGGCUGGAUGCAGUCCCAGGAGCCCUGUGUGAAGAGAAUGAUGAUGAAGAUGAAGUGGGUACCGAGCCUGCAGAAGCGAUUGAAGAUGGAGACACUGGGGCAGAGUUGGAUGACGAUGACAUUCCUUCUGAUGCAGAGGCAGAGUGUCGCAUCCAUCAAGAAGAAAAAGAAAAAGAAGGAGAAAAAGAAGAACUGAAAAUCUCUGAGCUCAAGGAAGCAGAAACAGUCACCCCUUUCAUUAUGACGGAAGAUACCUGUAAUACUUGUCUUCCCGUCCAGUCACCAUGUGAAAUGACCAGUCCUAUUUCUCCAAUUUGUAAUCAUAAGGAAGAAGAAAAAGAGGAAUCUCCUGUACUGUUGCCACACAGAGAAAAGUCUUCGGAUAUCCAUUUUUUCUCUGAGCCUUUCCUCCCGGAAAAAGAAAAAGAGGACAAGAUCCUUGAUGACGCAAAAGCCCAAAGUCCACCAGCAUCAAUUUCACCCAUACGGUCACAGCCAGUUGCACUGCCUGAAGCCAUCCCACCAAUAUCACCUGUAAAAUCUCCACCAACAGUACCCAUAGAAUCAAUUUCUCCACCUCUUGCCCCUCUGCCUAUUUGUUCACAGCCUUUACCCACCAAUGAAGCCUCCAUUACACCUCCAGCAGAGCCACCGGUGUGUUUUCAGCCAAUCCCGGCUUUUACUUCUACUCCUUUGGCCAAACUUGCUCUAAAAAGUAAAGAUGGGCAGAUGGAACAACUGGGAAGUCCCACCACGACAGAAGAGGCUUUGAAAAGGAAUAACCUUGUGGAGGAAUUCUGGAUGAAGAGUGCUGAAAUCCGAAGGAGUUUAGGCCUCACCCCUAUCAACAGAAGCAGGGGGUCAGACCUGAACUUUACCUACUUGCCCCCUGAAUCUGCUCCUCUUAAAUUAUAUAACUCUGACGUGGGGUCAGAAGAAAAGGGAAUCCAUCCUGUCAAAUCACCAAAGGUAAUCAUGCCAAAGUUGGAUAAGGAACAAUUUUCUUUGCUGACACCAACCUCCCAAUCAGAGAAAGAGCUGAAAAACUCAAAGGAUGUGAAAAGAGAUCUCUCCAGCAGUUCUGGACUGGGACUUCAGGGUAGUUCAUCCAACAUGAGGACACUGGCCAGCCAAAGUUUCAACACAUCGGAUUCCACCAUGCUCACCCCUCCAUCUAGCCCUCCCCCGCCGCCACCUCAAAACGAAGAACCAGCAACGUUGCGAAGAAAAAGGCACCAGGCGAUGUGGCAGAAUGAAGCAGAGUCCGUACAGACACCUCAGGUGGCACCAGCCAGUGAAAGGAUCUGGCCCACCAGAAGUUCAUCUCAACCACCUAGAGAGGAGGUGAGGAAGUCAUUUGUUGAGAGUGUGGAUGAGAUACCAUUUGCUGAUGAUGUAGAGGACACUUACGAAGACAGAACAGAGGAUACAAGCCUUAAUGAAAAAUACUACACUCCACCUAGCAAGCCAAGGCCUGAGAAGCCUCUUCAACUGCGUGUGGCUAAGGAAAAUGAUAGGUCAACAUCCACUGAAGGAGGAAAGAGAGGCCUUCCUCAGGUCUCUGCUGAAGCUAAGGAGUUAGCGGAGGAAAGGAUGAGGGCCAGGGAGAAGUCUAUCAAAAGCCAGGCCUUACGGGACGCUAUGGCUAAGCAGCUCAGCAGGAUGAAAGAACUGGAGAUGACCAGCAGUGCUGUUGCUGCAAAAUCGCGCAAAGCAUCGACAGCACCUUCAAAGACCAAAGAAUUUAAUUUAGACACCUCAAAGCAUUCGGCUGGUAAAACCAGUGAGGGCCCUACUCUGAAGCAUGAAGCUAGCAGUGAGAGGUUCUUUCCCCCGUUAACGGACAUUGGUGGUCAUGAUGGCUCUAUCACAUCGUCAGAAGGCUCCAGCGGGAAGAAUAAAAAAAGGACUUCUCUCUUCUCUCCCCGGAAGAGCAAAAAGGGGAAGAAGUCAAAGAAUGAAACUAAGCAAUCUGACAAAUCCAGCAGCGCAGCUGAGGAAUCCACAAAGCCCAAAUCCCUUUGGAAGUCUGUUUUCUCCGGUUACAAGAAAGACAAGAAGAAAAAGGCAGAUGACAAAUCUUGCCCUAGCACACCUUCCAGUGGGGCCACAGUGGAUUCUGGGAAGCAUAAGGCAUCUCCAUUAGUUAGGGCAGCAGACUUGCAACUGCGCCAACACUUAAGCUUCUCCGAGGAUUCUGACCUCUCCAAUGAAGAUGUCCUAGAACGUUCCUCACAGAGAUCUAAACGAGAGAAAGCCUACACGGAGGAGGAACUCAACGCCAAACUGACCAGGCGAGUACAGAAAGCUGCUCGUCGUCAAGCCAAACAAGAAGAACUGAAGAGGUUACACAGGGCCCAGAUCAUCCAAAGACAACUAGAGCAGGUUGAAGAGAAGCAAAGGCAGCUGGAGGAGAGGGGAGUUGCAGUGGAAAAAGCCCUCCGGGGUGAAGCAGUUGAGCCCAAUGCCGGGACACCACGCCGUAGACCUCUCUCCUUCUGUCCUUGCUGUGCCCAUGAAGGCAUGGGGAAGAAGGAUGACCCUAAACUGAUGCAAGAGUGGUUCAAGCUGGUGCAAGAAAAGAACUCCCUGGUGCGCUAUGAAUCAGAGCUGAUGAUAUUUGCACGUGAGUUAGAACUAGAGGACAGGCAGAGCCGGCUACAGCAAGAGCUUCGAGAGAGGAUGGCAGUGGAAGAUCAGCUAAAGACAGAUGAAGAACUCUCAGAGGAGAAGAAGAUCUUGAAUGAAAUGCUAGAGGUGGUGGAGCAGAGAGAUUCUCUUGUGGCCCUACUUGAAGAACAGCGCCUUCGAGAGAAGGAGGAAGACAAGGAUUUAGAAGCAGUUAUGCUGUCCAAAGGCUUCAACUUGAACUGGUCCUGAGUGCAUUCACCAUGACUGGGUUGCUGAUCUGCGCUGUCCAUUUGGCAUAUGCCAAAUUAGAUGGAGCUUCCUGGUUAGAGGAGAUAACUUGGAGCAGGAAUUGCUUCAGGAAUCUUCCAGCAGCUAAGUGCUUGAGCCAGGAGCUUUUUGCUAAGCGGGCUGCUUGUAAGGAUUCAGAGACCUGUGUGAGGCUACAGAGCCGAGAACGAAGUCGUGAUCUGAGAUUGCGUGCCUUCCUUGAGGACCUGUGCAAGAGGUCAAUGUCUUUUUUUGUGCGUGCGUGUGAUCUCCGAGAAAGACUUAAAAAUGAAAACAUUUUGUGUGAUUUUUUUUUUAAAAAAAGACGUUUAGCCAAUUUAGGUGGGCCACAACCUGUUCAUUUCAUAUUUACCCAACCUGUGGUAUUAAUGGAUUUGUUCAUUUAAAUAACAAAGGAAAGGGGUGUCUAAUUAAUCUUCUGAAAGGUCACCUUGUAGCAGCCUUUGGAAGAGCAAACCACUCACAAAGCACACUGUGUAUAUGCUCUUCUCACCAAAGAAAUCCGAAACUGCCACUGUGGUCUAAGUAUGGAGGAACAUCUGUACCCAAAUGCUGGCAGGGAAACUUGGAACACUAAGAACUUGAAACGUGGUUUCUUGUGAUUUAUGGAACAAACACAGGGACAGAGGCAGACUUUUUCCACACACACCCUUCUCUGCAAUCUCCACAAGUUGCCAUUGUUCCAAGCAGAUCCACCAUGCAAACGUUUUCCUUUCAGCCACGAAGUGCUCCAGACUGAAAGAACUAGUUUUCCUGUUUUCUGAUGACCUUAGACUGCUCUAUGACCAUUUAGACACUGGAAAGUGCUCGCGUUCAAAAGAUGAGUUCAUUCUGAGGCAUUUGGAGGGAAUCCCUUGGGGGCAAUUCUCCAGCUUCAAACUUUCCAAGAGUUCAGUAGGUUUUUGAUUCUUUGUGAUUUGGGGAAUAUAUUUUUCCUUUUUUUUUUUUUUUUGCACGUCAGAAAUGAAGCAGAAGACCUAUCCUGGCCCUUUAGUCACUUUAGAUCCUUUAAUGUCUAUUAACUUAUUUUUUAAUACUUGAAAGAAAAAUUGGUUUUGUACCUUUUUAAGAAGUGAACAGAUGAGUGUGUGGUAAAUCUGUGUGCCAGCCCAACCUUUCCAUCUUUGUGUGUUUAAUGCUUUCCCCUCUUCCCUGUAUCUAUUUAUUAGAGUCAUUAUUAAUGAUAUUACUGUUACACAGUACAUUUGAUCUGAAAGAAAGAUGCUUUUAAAUUCCAGACUAUUGAUUCUGAUUUGGGCUUCUUUAUAUUUAAGGGGAGGACCUGGGAAGUACGUGGGAAGAAUUCCCACACAGUAUUUUCUUGCACUCUCAAGGGAAAGUUUAGGAGGAAAGAGCAGUGGAUUUAUUCCCUAUACUUCAAAAGGGCCCCCUCUCUUCUCUGAGUAUUGGUAAAUAUACUAUGUUAUUUACUGUUGUAAGAGGCUUGUAACUAGAAUGGCACUGGCGCUUCUCUUCAUGUAAUCAACCAAUAACAGUGGGCCUCACAAAGUCCAAGGGAAGGAUUAACACCAAUUUCGGUGUUUUUUUCUCCAGUGUCCCAUUUCUGGUUUGUUUAGGAAGGGAGUGGGUGAUUUUCCCCCAGUGUAAAAGCAAAAGGGACAAGAAAUAGACUCAUGUUUAACACCAGGUCUGAGAUUCCAUAAGCACAUAUUUUUAACCAUGUUUCUCCAAGGUGCUGGCCUGCAACUUGCAGAAUUUUCCAUUACCAAUGCACUGUGUUGGGGGGAGAAAACGCCAGUCUCUGAAAUAAUUGCAUCUUAAUUUACUAGACUGAACAGAGAGAAAGGGGUUCCAAUGCUGUACUUAUGCCAAGAAGGAAAGUUUCCAGCAAAUUUUGCUUCGGCAUUGCAACAAUGUGAGAAGAUAUUCCUGCUGCUAUGGCUAUAAAAGCUUCCCAGAAUUUUUUAGCCAGAUGUUGGUUAAUUGAAACAAGGAUUUCCUUUCUGGUGUUGGCUACACCUACCUCUGAAAGGGACUGUACCUCUUUUUGUCUUGAAAGAAGCCUUAAUUUUUACUUUUUUAGAAGAAUAUGGCUGCUGCCUUUUACCAUUUAUCAAUAGAGAGUUUCUUUCCAUGAAAUACUUUGAUGUGUAUGUGUUCAAAAGCAACAUCCUAGCAGCUGUGUUUUAGACAGUGCCUAGAAAGAUGGGUUUUUUUCCAGGAGACUGAACAGGUAUUGUUUUCUAAGUAUGUAUGGUAAUUGCUGCUUUAGGCCAGCAAGCAAUUCUGGCCACCUUAAAUAUCUUCAUACCCAGUUACUUCAAUUCCCAGAAUUGGACUUCAAUUCCCAGAAUUCCCCAGCCAAUUCUGGAAGCUAAUUCUUAAAGUUACCAAGCCUGGACAUCCCUGAUCUACUCCAUGUGAUUGGAAGGAGGACAGACAUUGUUUCUUUAAUAGCUUUGUAAAAGAGGGAAGCUGCAACACAGUUGAUCAUGUGGCUUCCUUUAAAAAGGCACUGUUGUCCUAUCCUCCUUUCUACCUGGCUACCUACCACAGCUGCCUGCCAUUAAAUUUCUACAAGUAUCCCCCUCUACCACCCCGUUACAGCAACAAAUGACAGGCAAAAUCCUACUUCUGAAAUUCUGUCUCACCUAAUAAAUUGGAAACAAAUACAAAUUGUUUACCCAAAGGUGCUUUUUCAAGAGGCAACUGGACUUUCUGAUUUUUCUUUGAAGACUUUUCGUU